AUGGCUGAUUCAAGCGCACCCUCGACCGAACAAGUCGCCGAUCAGGUGGCUAACCUGCACCUUGAUGAGGUCACCGGCGAGAGGAUCUCCAAGACCGAAUUGAAGAAGAGACAAAAGAAGCGCGAACAGGAGGCCAAGAAGGCCCAGAAAGCCGCCGCUGCUCCUCCCAAGGAGAAGAAGGAGAAGAAUGCUGAACAGAACGAGGCAGAGUUGACGCCUAACCAAUACUUCGAGAUCCGUUCCCGUGCCAUCACGAAGCUCAUCGAGACCAAGGAUCCAUACCCGUAUCCUCACAAGUUCCAGAGCGACUACGAUGUGCGAAACUUUGUCACCGACUUCGGCCACAUGAAGUCGGGAGAGCACCAGAAGGACAAGGUGAUCCGGAUCCAGGCUCGCAUGUACAACAAGAGGGCUUCCGGUAAUAAGCUCGUCUUCUACGAUGUCAGGGAUGAGGGCGUCAAGCUUCAGAUCAUGUGCCAGGCGAACGAAGUGGGCGAGGGAGCUCCCGAAUUCACCAAGCAGCACGAGCACCUCCGCAGAGGUGACAUCAUUGGCAUAAUUGGAUACCCCGGCCGCACUGCACCCAAGAACAAGAUCGAGAAGGGCGAAGAGGGAGAGCUGUCCAUUUUUGCGACCGAAGUUGUGCUCUUGACGCCCUGUCUGCACCAGCUGCCCGACGAGUACUAUGGCCUCAAGGACCAAGAAUUGCGCCACCGCAAGCGUUACCUCGACCUCAUCAUGAACCCCAAGACUAGAGAGACCUUUUCAACCCGUCCCCGUGUGAUCAAGUACAUUCGCAAGUACCUCGAUGACGCCGGCUUCCUUGAAGUCGAAACCCCGAUCAUCAACAUGAUUGCUGGCGGUGCCACAGCAAAGCCCUUCGAGACCCACCUCAACGAUUACAACAUGGACGUCUUCCUGCGGAUAGCACCUGAGUUGCCCUUGAAGAUGCUCGUGGUAGGUGGCCUCAAGAGAGUAUACGAGAUCGGUCGUCUCUUCAGAAAUGAGGGUGCCGAUCUGACUCACAACCCUGAGUUCACUACCUGUGAAUUCUACGAGGCUGGCGCCGACUUUUACGAUUUGAUGAAGAGAACCGAGGAGCUCGUGUCCGGACUGGUCAAGGAGCUGACUGGCGGAUACACGACUACUUUCACUACACAACACGGCGAGACCUACAACGUGAACUGGGAGGCACCCUGGAAGCGUGUUUCCAUGAUUCCCGCUCUUGAGGAGGCUACUGGCGAGAAGUUCCCCGACCCCGAUCAAUUGCACACUGACGAGUCGCGUGAAUUCCUCAAGAAGGUGUGCAAGAAGGUCAACGUUGACUGUCCGUCACCGCAAACAACCCCCCGUAUGCUCGACCGUCUGACGGGCGAGUUCAUUGAGGAGACUGCUGUCAACCCGACCUUCAUUACCGAGCACCCUAAGAUCAUGUCGCCGCUCGCCAAGGACCACCGCAGCAAGCCUGGCCUGACAGAGCGUUUCGAGGCCUUUGUGUGCAAGAAGGAGAUCGCAAACGCCUACACCGAGUUGAACCAGCCCUUCGAGCAGCGUCUGCGAUUCGAGGAGCAGGCCAACCAGAAGGCACAGGGUGACGACGAGGCUCAGCUCAUUGACGAGACCUUCCUCAACGCUCUCGAGUACGGCCUGCCACCUACGGCCGGGUGGGGUCUGGGUAUUGACCGCCUGGUCAUGUUCCUGACCAACAACUACAGCAUCAAGGAGGUCCUGCUGUUCCCCUUCAUGAACCCUGAACAGCUGGCAAAGAAGGAUGACGACAAGAAGAUGCCGGAGCAGGUUGCCGCGGCGGGUGCCGAGCCGGUCCCUGCUGAGGGUACCGAGGGAAUUCCCCACAAAUAG